AAUAUUCGUCUCCGGGAGACCAACAGUUGACUGAGUCUCAAACUUCCUGUAUCGGGACCAUUCACAAUUCUUCAGUCGAUUUAAGAUUUCGGAGCCGCUUUUAUGCGGUUGAAGUCAUGGACACUUCGGUCGAUUAUCGCCGCCGUUCCCGUUACCGUUCCAGCGCACGUUCUCGUUCCCGUUCCCGCUCUUGCUCGCGCUCAUAUUCUCCAAAAUAUAGUAGCCCUAGAAGGAGAACGGGAAGUCCCGAAGGCAACUACAAGCAAACCCUAAACUCCCUGACGAAACGAUUUGGUAAGAGCAACCGAGGCUAUCGGAAUGGAUAUGAUUCGGCAUCGGAAUCUGAUGAGGAAUUGAAGGGGCUGAGCUACAUGGAGUACCGAUGGCAAAAGAGGCAGAAAAUGCGUAAAUAUGAACACUGUUUUUGGAAUGCUACGCCGAGUCCCCCGAGGAAUGAGAACGAUGAUUUGGAGAAUGAAAAGCCUGACGAGAUUUGUGAUAAAUACGGAGGUAAUGAAGAGAAUGGGAAAACCGAAUCUGGAAAAUCGGAGAAUUCUGAGUCUGAAUCCGACGAUUUACAGGCCAAGAAUAAGGGGAGAAAGAAUCAAUCUGAGUAUGAGGAAUCAGAGAGCAGUGAGUUUGAUUCUGAUACCGAUCCUGAAUCUGAUGAUUCAAGUUCUAGGAAGAAGAAGAGAAAGAGUAGGAGAUCGAGGCGUAAAAAUAGGAAGUAUAGUGAGUCGGAAGAUGAUGAUGAGAGUGAUUCUGAAGAGGAAGAAGAUAGAAAAGGAAGGAAGAGCCGAAAUAGGUCACACAGGAGGAGUAAGAAAAGAAGAAGCAGUAAAAAAAAGAGAGGUAAAAGAAAGAGUAAGUAUAGUGAUUCUGAUGAGCGUGAGAGUGAGGAAAGCAAAACUGAUGAAUCUGAUGCCAGUUGGUCAUCAGAUGAUAUUCAGGAUAAAUCGAAGAAGCCAAAGCUUUCUUCGAGUUCAAGGUCCAAACCAAGUAAGAAAGAGCGAAAGUCUGAAACUUUGAGUGAUGAGAAUUUAGAUAAGGAGAUGGUGGAUGAGGCCAAGCAGGCUGAAAUCAAUGCUGAGGUGCUUAAGUUUAAAGAAAUGAUUGAAUCUCAGAAGAAACCUGCUCUAGAUAAUGAAACAGUGGUGGGUCCGAUGCCCUUACCUAGAGCUGAAGGGCAUAUAAGUUAUGGUGGUGCACUGAGGCCGGGAGAAGGUGAUGCAAUUGCUCAGUAUGUGCAACAAGGGAAGCGUAUUCCUCGAAGAGGUGAAGUUGGUCUUUCUGCAGAUGAAAUUCAGAAGUUUGAGAAUCUUGGGUAUGUGAUGAGUGGUAGUAGGCACCAGAGGAUGAAUGCCAUUCGUAUAAGAAAGGAAAACCAGGUUUACAGUGCAGAGGACAAACGAGCAUUGGCCAUGUUUAACUAUGAGGAGAAGGCGAAACGGGAGCAUAAGGUUAUGGCUGAUUUGCAGCGGUUGGUGCAGCGUCACAUUGGGCAGGAUAUUGGUCCUACCCAUGAUCCUUUUGCUACAAAAGAUGGUUUUGUUGCUGGAGACAUCUGGAUUAUUGCUCGAACAUAGAUGUGUCAGCUUAAAUUUUUUAGGGCAUCAUAAAUUUCACCUUUUUGUGACCCUGUGGACAACUUUAAGUAGGCAUUAUCUUUGUCUCACAAGGAGUAAAGUGUAUGUGAGGAAACAAAGGACAAAUGGAGCUGAAGAGAGGACAGGUGGUGGCAUCCUGGAAGAAACAAAUGGCAGGCAGCUGUUGGCAAAAGAAAGCCUGGAAGAAACAGAAGGAAGAUAGGAAAGAACAGGGGAGAUUUCAGAGACAGAACUGACAUUAACAGAAAAAGGGAUAACAAAGACGUAGCUGAUUGAAGGGACAUUCAGAAUGUCUCAACCAAAAAAUGUCAGACCAGGAAAGAAGGUCAACUGGGAAGAAAAGAGGGGAAGAUAUAGACCUGGAGAGAAGCAUUGGGGGUGGGGGAGAAACAGGAAUGAAGAAGAAUUAGAGUAUGGAGAGAUCAGUCUCUCGAAAGUUGGAGUUUGUUAUCUGUUAUUAUGAAUUUAGUUAAUUUUGGGUUAGUUGCUGUGUUAGCCGCUGCUGGUGUUUAAUUACUUUUUGUAAUGUUUGUGUUGGUGGAAACAUUGAAGUUGUGAACUCAUAUCUGUAUUCCAGGAAAUUAUCAAUGCAAAUAUUUUCAUAUUCA